AUGGCCGAUAAAGGAGCACAAGGAGAAAAGGCCGAGCGAUUGCUUGCUGCUGGCCCCCAUGGGCAUCAGAUUCCGGCAGCAAAAACACAGGGAGCCGCAACUGGCGGUGUUCAACUCUCGGCAACGGCAAAUCAAUUUGUUGAUAAGAUUGAUCCUUUCUCAAAACGUGGAACAAGCCGGCGAAGGCGCAUUGUGAAUAGCAGCCGUUAUCAUCCAGAGAAUGAGCCAGAGCUUACACAACUUCCGCUUAUUAAAGACACUCCACCAGCCGAGCAGACAGCCCUUGUUGUGCAAAAGUUAAUUCAGUGCCAGAGAAUCUUUGACUUUUACGACCCAGUUGCACAAUUGAAGUCUAAAGAAAUCAAGCGCGCCGCUUUGAAUGAGUUGAUCGAUCACAUCACCACUGUGAAAGGAGCCAUUGUCGAGCAAAUCUAUCCUGAGGUUAUCAAAAUGGUCUCGAAAAACAUUUUCCGAGUGCUUCCGCCCUCGGAUAACUCUGAAUUUGAUCCAGAAGAAGACGAACCAACGCUUGAAGUUUCUUGGCCUCAUCUACAGCUUGUUUACGAACUUUUCCUACGCUUUUUGGAGUCACCAGACUUCCAAGCCUCAAUCGGAAAGAAAUACAUUGAUCAACGAUUUGUCCUGAACUUACUCGACCUGUUUGAUUCGGAAGACCCCCGCGAACGUGAUUUUUUGAAAACGGUCUUGCAUAGGAUUUAUGGAAAAUUUCUCGGACUUCGAGCUUUCAUUCGCAAACAUAUCAACAAUAUGUUCUUAUCAUUUGUCUACGAAACUGAGUCGUUCAAUGGAGUUGGUGAACUUCUUGAAAUUCUGGGAAGUAUUAUUAACGGGUUUGCAUUGCCGCUGAAGGCUGAGCACAAACAAUUUCUUGUCAAGGUUCUUUUACCAUUGCACAAGCCCAGAUGUCUGUCUCUUUAUCAUGCUCAGCUGGCUUAUUGCGUUGUUCAAUUUAUCGAAAAGGAUUCUACGUUGACCCCGCAAGUUUUUGAUGCUCUACUUAAGUUCUGGCCACGCACUUGCUCGAGCAAGGAAGUGAUGUUUUUGGGCGAAGUUGAAGAAAUUUUGGAUAUUAUUGAACCGGAACAGUUCAAAAAGAUCAUCGAUCCUCUUUUCCGGCAAUUGGCCAAAUGCGUUAGUAGCCCUCAUUUCCAGGUAGCAGAACGAGCUUUGUAUUUCUGGAACAAUGAGUACAUUUUGUCUUUGAUUGAAGAGACGAGCUCUCAAGUUAUGCCAAUAAUGUUUCCGGCCCUCUAUCGAAUCUCAAAAGAACAUUGGAACCAGACAAUUGUUGCUCUCGUCUACAAUGUAUUGAAAACUUUUAUGGAGAUGAAUGGCAAACUUUUUGAUGAGCUGACCUCAACUUACAAGAUGGAACGACAAAAGGAGAGAAAGCGCGAAAAAGAUCGUGAUGAGCUUUGGAAACGGCUAGAAGCGAUUGAGCUUGGAGAGGUUGAUGCUGAACAGGCCAAGAAGCUCUUGUCUGGACCUUCACUCACGAGCUUUCUGACUGAAAAGCAUGCUGAUGUUUCUGGCUCAAACGCGAAUGAAAAAAGCCCAACGGCUGUGAAAAAAGCAAAUAGUUGGGAAUGUUCGAUGUUUCAUUCUGUACAGUUCAGAAAUUUUGGAUCAUCUUUCAACGACAGAAAAACA